UCAGGUUCCACAUUGUGCGGGUCCUGUGUGUGUGUGUGUGUGUAUGUGUGUGGUUUGUCUGUGUGUGUGAGAGAGAGAGUGUGUGUGAGAGUUUGGAGUGUGCUUGUAAACGUCCCCCCAGCAAGCUCGGAUACUGUCACCACUUUGCACCGCAGGCAGGGCUCCGUGCUUCCUACAUAUGCAAGUUACCGUCGCGGCUCCACAAUCGUUGGCCAGCAAUGACAGAGAGCCCCGCGACCAAGCCAGCCAACGGGGAAGCGUGUCAGCGCGUGAAGAACGGACUGAAGCCGGAGAGGAACGGAUGGGCGAAGAGCCUCCACCGCUGCCAUGAGCCGCAGCCCGAGCACCACGGCCAGCCCGAGGAGGAGGAGGUUCUUGCAGCAUCAUACCCUGCCAGCCUGUACAGCCAGCCCUUUCUCGAGUCUUUCGAGGAGACGCCCAUGCUGGUAGCUGUUCUCACCUACAUGGGCUACGGCAUACUCACCAUCUUCGGGUACCUCCGCGACUUUCUCCGCCACUGGAAGAUCGAACGGUGCCACAUAGCCAGGGAAAAGGAGGAACAAAGGGACUUUGUGCCCCUUUACCAAGAUUUUGAGAACUUUUACACCAGAAACCUUUACAUGCGGAUCCGAGACAACUGGAACAGGCCCAUAUGCAGCGUGCCGGGAGCCAAAAUGGACCUGAUGGAACGAGCCUCCCGUGACUACAAUUGGACUUUUGAGUAUACAGGUCGGGUGGUGCAGGAUGUGAUUAACUUGGGCUCAUAUAAUUACCUCGGCUUCGCUGAGAAUACAGGUCCGUGUGCUGACUCUGCAGCCCAGGUCACCAUGAAGUACGGCGUCGGAGUUGCGAGCACCAGGCAGGAGACUGGUAACCUGGACAGGCAUGAGGAAAUGGAGAAACUGGUGGCUAAGUUCCUGGGUGUGGAGUCAGCCAUGGCCUUUGGGAUGGGAUUCGCAACCAACUCCAUGAACAUACCAGCACUGGCCGGCAAGGGCUGUCUGAUUCUGAGUGAUGAACUGAACCAUGCCUCUCUGGUGCUGGGAGCCAGACUCUGCGGUUCAACCAUCAGAGUCUUCAAACACAACAAUAUGCAGAGCCUGGAGAAACUGCUGAGAGAAGCCAUAGUUCACGGGCAGCCCAGAACUCACAGACCAUGGAAGAAGAUCCUCAUAGUGGUUGAGGGCAUUUACAGUAUGGAGGGUAGUAUAGUGCGUUUGCCAGAGGUGAUUGCCCUGAAGAAGCGCUACCGGGCCUACCUUUACCUAGACGAGGCCCACAGCAUAGGGGCUCUGGGGCCGAGGGGAAGAGGCGUGGUUGAUUACUUUGGCCUUGACCCCUGUGAUGUGGAUGUCAUGAUGGGCACCUUUACCAAGAGUUUUGGCGCUGCAGGGGGAUACAUAGCAGGGAAAAAGGACCUCAUAGAGUACCUGCGCUCCCAUUCCCACAGUGCGGUCUACGCCACCUCCAUGUCUCCUCCUGUGGUGGAGCAAAUCAUCACUUCUAUGAAGUGCAUUAUGGGAGAGGAUGGCACAUCGUUAGGCUGUGAACGUGUGCGACAGCUGGGAGAGAACACAGUCUACUUCCGCAAGAGGCUUCGAGAAAUGGGUUUCAUCAUCUACGGCAACAACGACUCUCCUGUCGUUCCCAUGAUGCUCUACAUGCCAGCAAAGAUAGGAGCGUUCGGGAGGGAGAUGCUGAAGAGGAACAUCGGGGUGGUGGUCGUCGGUUUCCCCGCUACGCCCAUCAUCGAAUCCCGGGCACGCUUCUGCAUCUCAGCCGCACACUCAAAAGACAUGCUCGACAGGGCGCUGAGUGUCAUCGGUGAGGUAGGAGACCUUCUUCAGCUCAAGUACUCCAGACACAGAAUACAGCCGUCUUCGGCUCGGCCAUUUGACGAUAAUGUGUAUGAGGACAUUGACGACUGAUGAACCACUCCUCUUCUAAAGUGGUGUGAACCAGAACAACCCCAGAAAAUACAGAACGGGUCAGAUGGAUCACAAGUCUUCCACAAGGACCGUGAUGUGCACAGGUGCCCCUUGUCACUAGCUUGCCAUAAUGUAAAUUCCCCCUCCCUUCAACAAAAAGGAAAACACUUACAACCAUCAUCUAGUUCUACUUUGCCUUACCUAAACAUGCAGAACAUGUGGUGAACACACUGAAAAACAACACCUCUGCUUUUUUCCCGUGUUUAUUUUGUUUUUAUUACCUUUUUUUUUUUUAUCAUUAUGUGUCUUAAGAAUGUUAUUGUUUGGUAGUAUGUGUGUAUGUUGUAUGUUCUUAUUGCUUGUAGCAUUGGUCACGUUAUGUGAAGUGGACAACUUUCCAAAUGUUUCUAAAAUUGUGAGCUGCUGGGAUUUUUUUUCACCAUAUGGAUAAAGUGAACUUUACUGAGGUAAAGUUAACAUUUAAUCAUCAUCAAAAGAAUAAGACUAUCCAGAACAGUUCAGAUUAGGUAUUAAUGUCAUAGACCGAAAGCAUAAAGCACUGGAUGUUGUAUUGUUUGCACAGGACCGUUUAAGUCCCCAGAUUUUAAUUAAUUAAUUUUUAAAAAGUUAUUUAUCCCUGUCAUAGUCAAGUCCAUUAAUAAGACAUCAUACAGAGUGACGUGGUUGGCGGCGGUGUGCACUCUCCUAGGUGCCUUCUGGUUUUUUUCAAAGGAGGGUUUGUAUGGUGAAACCAGUAGAAGUUUUCGCCAUCCCUUUUUAAGGGGACAGGACUAGACGAAAAAAGUUCUGAUAGAAUAAUUUAGAAAUGAUAGUGCUUGUUUAACGAGGCUUGAUCAGAUGACUUUGAACCAAUCAAUAUUUGGCACAUUACAUUGUUGUCAUUCCAUCCUUGGCUUUCCUUUGCAGGCUGAAAAUGUGGAGCCUUUAGGUUGAGAAUAGCACUUGAUGAACAGUGGUGUUUAUAUAAUACUAAAAAAGGUUGCCAAAUAUCACUUGCUGAGAGUUACAUGACAAAAAAAAUAAUGAUUUAUGUCCUUAUGCUGAAUAUGAGGCUGUAGCUUCAUAUUUAGCAGCUAAAUAUGAGGUUAUAGUUUCAUAAUUAGCAGGCAAUUAGCUUAGCCUAGCCCAGACAUAAAAAGUUACAACUUGUAGCUCUAUGUAGCACAAAAAAUGUUUGUUUUGUAUGGAGUAAACAAACAAGACAUUAACGCGUUAAUUAGUGGGCUGUAGAAGUGCUGGUAGGUGUAUUUUUUUAAACUUUAACCGAGCUAGGCUAGCUGUUUCCACCCUGUUUUUAAGCUAAGCUUUAAGCUAAGCUUUAAGCUAAACUAGAGCUACUAAGUUUACCGGAGCUUCAUAUUUUGUGUACAGUCAAAUGUAUGGUAUCAAUCUUAUUGUAUAAGUCGCCGCAAGAAAGCAAAUAGAUGUAUUAACCAAAAUGUUGAUCUGUGGCUGUAAUUUGAGGCCAGUGAGAUACAAGGUUAAAUGUCUAAUGUUCGCUAUACUAAGCUAAAUUACGUAGGAUGAUGUUUUAUUAUUCUUUCAUGAAAGCCAUGGAAAACAUGUAAAGCUUGAUAAUUGCCUCAACUGGCACCAGCUCUGGGACAAUACAGCAGUGCCAAAAUAGAAAUGGAUCCAAAGUACUACUAAGAAUCCCAAUCAUACUAGUCAUGUAGUCUACAUUUGAUCUGUGCCUGACAACAUGCCAUUAGCCAUUUUAAAUCCUUGUGUAAGAGAGUAAAUUGCCCACACAUAGAAAACAAAUCCAAUGCUCCAUGGCUAAUGCAGCAUUUCAUCAAUACAAAGAUUCUCUGGCAGCUCCAACAAUCAGAGCUUGAUUGUUGAAAAUGGUAAAUAUCCUCUUAUGUAAACCUAAUAUGUAAUGUAUAUGUAUCCAUUCUAAAUGCAAACAAAAACAAAAACACUUUAGCAUACACAAAUCUAUUGUUCAAUCAGUCCUCAAACCACUGACAAAAUGUACAAUUAAAUUGAAUUCCAUUAUGGCUACCCCAGGACUGACACAUAGUGGCUUUACCUGACCACUACUAAAAAACUGAACAAUCCCCAAAGCCCUGGACAACAGUGUAUCCAGCUGUUGUCAGUGACAAACUAUGAAAAAAUCAGUUUUUUUAUCAACCAAUCAAUUUGGUUUAAAUAAAUUAUCCUUUUAAAAAAGAAACAUUUGAUUUAACCUUUGAUUAAAUCACAAUUUUUGAAAAUAAAAAACAAAACAAAAAUGUCUACUGAAACUUGAAUGGGGAAUUUAGCCCCAGCCAUUUAUUACACAUGGAUUUGGCCGCCCGUGAUUACCUCUUCCUCCCACCACCACCGGCAUCCUCCAGUGUGAUUGUAUGGGUUUUUGUUUUUUUUAACUUGACCAUAUUAGUCUGCAAUUGUACCAGUUUUUAAAGUCUUACAGAUGACCUCACAGAUGAAGCUCAAUAUGACUCACAGGACACUAGGCCAGAGUUGUGACUGUCCAAUUAGUCCAUUUUAAAAUAUUUGCACGGUAGUGCAAAGCUGUUCUCUGGUAAUGUUUCAUCUCCAGGCAAGACAAGAGAAUAUCUUAACUAUUAAGACUAAACUAGUCUGGACUGAUCCAUCAUUGUUUGUAAUUUCCUUCAUUUCCGCCCUAUAUCUUAGGUGCUUAUUAGUAAAAAACCUCAUGGCUUUGUGUCUGAUAACGUCAAUGCCUUGUAAAACAAAGUAUGAUUUUGUUAGAUUUGAAACGUGCAGUGAUUCAAAAGUCAUCAUUUAUCAUAUUUCAGUCUGGGACUGGGAGCGAGUGUGUGCUUGCUUGCAUGAUUGAGGUAUUAAUGUGUGUGUCUGCACUUUUGCCUUGCUUUUCUUCUACGUCCACACCUGUCUUUUGAACCCUGAGUUUUAUCAUUACAUUUUGCUACUGACCUUUGGGACAGCAACACUCCUUAAUGAAGGCAGCUGUAAAAAAACAAAAACAAAAAAACAACAAAAAAACAAAAAAGUAGAAAAAGAUAGAAAGACAGAAAUCCUACAUGCAUACAGUCACACUUGCAUGUAUGCACACUAACAAGUAUUCUUUAACCACUCGUUCCUCAUACUAAUGCAUGUACAGUAAGAAUUAGUCAUUGAAGCUGCUCUGCACCACAGCUUGUGGUGCUCAAUGAUAAACACUGUUCUGCUAGAUGUGACUUUUUUGAAUGUCUUCAUAAGAAUCCACUUCAUUCCAGGAGAUAGUUAACAUAUCUGUGUGGGGUCUAGGUUUUCUUUUUCUCAUCCAUGUUGUUUUUCAGUUACUGUAAAUGGGAGAUGUUUAUGUAAUGUGUCUUAUAGAAAAUCUGUAGAAAAGUUUUCAAAAGCUGAAUCUUUCAAUUACAAAUGAUUCCAAAAAGCUAAAAGUUACAAUAUUACUCACAUAGAUACAGAAUGUCAUAUUUUUUAAGUUACUUUGCACACAGGAAAGUCAUCAAAUGAUACUUGAUACUAAAAGCAGGCCUUUAAAACACAUUUUAAUAUCAAGACAAAAUCAUGUAGUACCCCAAAACCAGAAGGCCUUCAUGAUGCUGUUUGACCAAACGGUUUUGUGAGCAGCCAUUGAGCUGCUUUUAUUAUAUAGAUUAGAUCUCUACAAUACCCUUCAGGGUGGCUGGUACAGUUUCAAUAAAAAACAGAUGUACUGUUGAGGAACUGUACAGAGUAAACCAUUUGGUCCUGGAUGUUCUAUCUGUAAACCACAGUAUGUUCCCUUGAUGAUCUCAAUGGAUAAGUCAGCUCGGAUUUCAAGAAAGAGCUGCAGAUAACCCUUCAUGCCUUUUUAUAAAGUCAAUGAGUUUGUUGGUGUAAGAUGAGGUGAAAUGUUUAAAAUGAAAUGCUACUUUUGGAAGAUGGUCCCAAUAUUUUGUAGAAAACAAGAUACAAAGCGUUCAACUCACUAUAAGACCUUGAAAAUUGGGUGCUGGUUUCUCAAUGUACUUAAUCAUAAGAAAAGAGUCCAGGACAGCACUCCAAUUUGACUUUCUCCACAUAUGGCAAUAGUUAGUGUCAUAACUUGGAUUGUUCAUCUCUGAUUGCCAUAUGUUGCAUUAUUAAAAAUGUCGAAUUGGAGUGCUGUCCUCGUCCCCCAGUAUUUUGUAUGAAGUUUAUAUAUUGUUUUACUGAAGUGGAGCUGUUCAGGAUAUUUUGUUUACUAUGGAGAAACCUGGGAAAUUUUGGUUAUCACUAUUGCUGGCAGCCUUUGUUGAAGACACUCAAGUGUCCCAAAAAUAAAAGCAGUCAUUUCAAUAGUCGAGUGCAAGUUACCACACACAAGCAUUAUUUUCUGAUAUAGUGCCUUUUGAAGCAAAUUAUUUUCUAAGAAUUCUGACGAUAGUAAGUGUCAUAACUUGGAUUGUUCAUCUUUUACAGUCUUAUUUGACUCCUUUUACUACUUUGUCUUCAUCAAUACUUCUAAUCAGCACUGGGUGUGUCCUCCAUGUUUACUAAUUGCCAUGCAUUUGAUCAUAGAAAAUGCACUAUUUGCAACAUAUCAGCAAA